AGACAAUGAGGACCAAGAGCGAGAGGCAACAGUAACUCUCCCUUGAUGGUAAUGAAGGCGAAGAUCGAAUCACCAGUUUCGUCUUGCAGGGACUGAAUGAGAAUGAUGGAACAAAUGAUAUUCAGCCGUAUAGAUCAAACUCCGAGGUCACGGAGCGAAUCGUUGUUCGUGAAUCGAGAUGAAGAAACCGUGUUUCGCGAGAGGCGAGAAAGCACGGAAAGGCGGCAAGAAUUACAAUUCAACGAGAGAGCAAAUGAUAUUCAACACGAACACACAGCUCCAGGCCCACUAAGUGUAUCCUCGUUAUUUGUGGGCCAGAAUAAAGGGGAAGAAGCGAUGGCCCCUACGAGUAUUCAGUAUGACAAUACUGAGGAACUGAAAACGCCCAAGGAAUUGUGGGAUGAAUGGCACGCCCAUGAAAUGAGAAUCAAGGAGAUCCAACGCGCACACGAUCUCCAGAAGCUACGGAACAGGCCUCCCCAGGUCGUAGACCAAAACCAAGAGGAGAGAACCGACUCAGCAGCACCAGUGACAUUACCAGGCCCCGGGCAGCAAAAGAAACAGCCACAGAAGGGAAAUACACUUAACGAAGAAGAACGGGCCAGAUACGAUGUCUCUGAUAUCUACCUUGAAGGUGAAGAAUCCGAAAAUGUCUGUCUACGAUAAUUGUAAUACCAUGCGCCAGAAGAUCGAAGCCCAUCUUGCCCAACCCGAUGUCAACCAAACAAGUUUCCUCGGAUUACCAGAGCAGCAUUUCCUCGCAAGGACAAGAAGACAAUUUGUAGGAAAUCACUGCGGGAAGUUCUGAGGCAGCGGUGACCUAAGAAUGGAAAUACAAAUACGGUGCUUUAUGCGGGCUAUGUCUUUUUUGAAAAGUUG